AUGCUGCUCACCAGUCCCCUUCUUCUCUCCUCUCCCCUUUGGGUUGCAGGGCCUGAACGGAGGAUCAUCCUGGUGGGCAGAACUGGAACUGGGAAAAGUGCGACGGGAAACACAAUCCUGGGAAGCGAAGUCUUCAGUGGAAAGUUUGAAUGGGUAUAUUGGUCAGUAACAAAAGCAUACCAAAACGAGGAGGUGCAGCUGAAGGGCAGGAAGCUUGUGGUUGUUGAUACGCCUGGCUUUUCCCUUACCAGUCCUCCAGACAAGGAUAUUGCUGCAGAAGAGAGAAGGUGCAUCAAGUUUUGUUCCCCAGGUCCCCACGUCAUUCUGCAAGUGAUGGAUUCUUCUUCUUUCUUCCAGGAGAUGGACGUGGUUCAGCAGAUCAAAGAGAUUUUUGGCCUUAAAGCCAAGGAUUACACGAUCAUCUUGUUCAAGAUUUCCUGAAAGGUGAAUCUCUAGAAAAUUUAAUGCGGGAACUGGUACCUGGCUUUCAACAACGAGGCCAAAGGAGCGGAAAGAGAGGCUCAGGUGGCCAAACUGAUGACCAUGAUUGAUGAUCUGUUGGAAAUGAAUAGAUGUGCUCCUUGUUACAGAGCAGAUAUGAUGAACAUCAACAAAAGAUACAACCUCUGAUCGUUUCCCUUUCCAUCAGAGACCAGAAAGUCUCUAAUUCAGCCACUUCUGCCAAGGUGGCAACUCUGCCAAGGCCACUCUCAAGCUUCCAAAGGCGUUUUUGCUGUUGAAACUAUUGUCACUUCUCUGCUUCAAAUGAAUUAUAAGGGGGAGAUAGAACUUGGGUUUCAGACAUGAAGAUGCCAGUCGUGAGUAUCUAUAGAUACUUUCAAAGAUGUUAUGUAAGGAACGCUCUACUCCUAGUAUGAGAAAAGAUU